AUGGCCUUGCAACCACGAUACAACGACGAGGCCCAAGUUAUCCUCAAAGUUGUGGAGCCGGACCGCAGCAUCAGAUUCUGUCAUCGCCAUAUCCUUCUGACAAAGAACAAUCCCGAGGUUCAAAUUGGACGAACCACCAAACGAGACGCCAGGCUGGUUGAAGGACCCAACAAUGGAUGGUUCAAUUCUGCUGUCAUGUCCCGGAACCACGCCAAGUUGGUUUUAUCUCCCGCUAACAACUCCGUGACCCUUAUCGACGCAAAGUCCUUGCACGGAACAUACGUGAACAAUCAUCGCAUUGAAAGCGGUCAACCCAAGGAGCUUCGUUCGAACGACGUGCUUCGAUUUGGCAUCCCCAUUCUAAAGGGAUCCGAUGUGUUCCGUUCCUGUGAAAUGAUGGUCACUCUUAAUUUCGGACAGUCAAACCCCCAAGAGCGGCCUGCGGUCUUCAGAGUUCCGGAUUCCACAGAUGAUGAAGACGAAAUGAGCGAGAUGGACGACACUGUUGAGACAAGUGUUGCCAUUCUUCAACAGGCCGGAAUAUCGCCGGCUCAAAAGGAAUUCUCUGGCAGUGUCAGCGCUAUUGACCUCACUGGCGACGAUGACUCAAACGCCGCAGAAAUUGUCAUGUUGAUGGAGCCAGGCGAGAAUAGUCGGGAAUUGGCUAUGGAACCAGGACCAGCUUCUGCAGAAAUCGAAGCUUCGGAACAAUCCGCGCCAUGGAUAUCCGAAGUCGACAGCCUGGACGAGGGAAGCGAAGGGCGCAUGAGUUCUCAAGUGUCCAACUCCUCCCUUGAGCUCCAUUCGGAGAAAGAUGGCUUGUCUUUUUACUACGAAGACACAGAAAAUUGCAACCAUUGCGAUGAUGAAGAGGGACUUGGUCCAGACAUGGAAGUGUUUGCAGUUGAGGAAACGUCCCACGUCUCUCAACUUCCCCUUGCGGAGCAGCCCGAUCUCGUCUCGGCCACAUACGCUGAAGACGUGAAUCCGUCAUGUCUUGCCGCAGCAUCCGUGGAGCAAGCUGCUUCAUCUCCAUCAUUUCGUUCAUCUUUCGACGCCCAAGUCAGAUCCGCGGGGGUUCUGGGAGCCAAAUCUGGAAAAGUCGAAUACUUCGAGGCUCGGGAGCACAACAGGCGAGUUUGUUUGGGCCAAACUGGGGGCAAACAAAACAGCAAUGAGAAUGGUGCGGAUGGGCCCGCUGACAUGGCCAACGACGAGCUGGAGCUGGUCGCAAGUCAGAGAAGCUUGACUGAACACGUCACAGCUCGAACAUGCACAACGACCGCUGACUUGCUGGCUGCUGGCGAUAAAUUUCUUCAUACGCCCAUGACCGGUGUGGAUACGAGACCAGAUACGGAUCCAAAUGAGCUGCUCGAUGAUACAUCUGCCUACACAUAUGAGAUGAGCAAAAGGAUGGCAGGCUUGGGAACUGGGCCGACUUUGGCGGCGUCGCAGAACGUCGAAGCUGAGAAAGCGCCUGGCGGCUCAGCCAAGGAGGCUUGCAAAGAUGCUGCGUUGGGUGACGGCUCGCUGAAGAGAAAGUCUGACGAAAUUUCGCAGCUGCUGCCCGUUGAAGAGGACCGCGACCUGGUUGGAAAGCGUUUCCAGCCAGCCGAUGGCAUGACUCGGUCGGUUGACCUUGCCGAUGGGGAACCAACCCAUGCCGCCAAUGCUAGUCGUCAAGCUGCGGGCUCCUUUGCAGAGCGACCGGUCAAGCGAAUGCGACGGGUUGCUGAACUCCUAGGCUUCGCAGCUAUUGGUGGGGUAGCGGUAAUGUCGGCCCUGAUAGCUACCGCUCCGGACCUGUGA